ACCGGCGUGGCCCCCGGCAGCGGCGGCGCCCCGAUGGCGGCGGCGGCGGCGGGGGCCGCGCUCCUCACGCACUCCGCCUUCUGGGACCCCACGGUCAGCGGCGACUGGGACAGCGAGCGGCCCAGCCCGGCCUGCCUGCUGCGGAUCAAACGGGAUAUCAUGUCCAUCUACAAGGAGCCGCCCCCGGGGAUGUUCGUGGUGCCUGACCCCCACGACAUGACCAAGAUCCACGCGCUGAUCACGGGCCCGUUCGACACCCCCUACGAGGGCGGCUUCUUCCUGUUCCUGUUCCGCUGCCCCCCGGACUACCCCAUCCACCCGCCCCGCGUCAAGCUCAUGACCACGGGCAACAACACCGUGCGCUUCAACCCCAACUUCUACCGCAACGGCAAGGUCUGCCUCAGCAUCCUGGGCACGUGGACAGGCCCGGCCUGGAGCCCGGCGCAGAGCAUCUCGUCAGUGCUGAUCUCCAUCCAGUCCCUGAUGACCGAGAACCCGUACCACAACGAGCCCGGCUUCGAGCAGGUGAGAGCCCCAGGGGACAGCCAGGCCGUGCCAGCAGGAGCGGGGUGGCACAGCCGUGUCCCCACGGGCCGUGGUGACCAUGUCCCCUCUGUCCCCAGCGGCGUGAUGGAGAAAUCCUUCAUGGAGUACCUGGACUUCUACGAGGGCGUGUGCAAGGAGAGGCUGCACCUGCAGGGCCAGACCAUGCAGGACCCUUUUGGGGAGAAGCGCGGCCACUUCGACUACCAGGCGCUGCUGGGGCGGCUGCAGGCGCUGCGGGCGCGGCUGCAGGAGCGGCAGCAGCAGGACAGCGCCGACAUGGACUCGGAGAGCAGCUCCUCGGAGCCCGAGCCCGAGCCCCAGGGCUGCCCCAAGGCCUAGCAGGGCCCGGCCCGGCCCGGGACUGCAGCACAGCCAGGCCGGGGCGGGGAGAGCCGCGCUCCUCCCUCCCUCCCUCCCUCCCUCCCCGACCGCCAGGAGAGUUCCCCGAGGAUUCCCCGAGGAGAAUUCCCAAAAAAGAGACAAAGCCCAGCUCGGGACAGGCUCCUCUUGGACAAAGGUACUUCCUGGCAUGUGGCAUCAGGUUGUUUUUUGGGGUUUUUUUGGAGAACGCCUACACUGGUUGGGGAUUUUUUUUUUUUUUGGGGUUUUUUUUUUUUUUUUUUUUUUUUUUGGUUUUUUUCCAGGUUUUUUUUUUUUUUUUUUCCUCCGGGGGAUUAAAGAAUGAGCUCUAGACUGCAAAUCCUCGAGAGCUUUUCUGCUCCUGGGUAGGGAGGGAGCCCUUCCCUGGAGCUGUGGGAGAGCUUGGAUAACCCAGGGUGUGUCCAGCUGGAAUUUGGGAGAGCUGGGGCCUCCCUGGUGUCUUUCUUCUAGGCAGACCAAAGAUAAAGGAAUUCUCACUGCUGGAAUUGGGGCUCCAUCCCCAAAGCUUUACUCGAGCCCUGGGGCACUUUGGAGACUUCAUGUGGAAAGUGGGAACUGCAGGAAUCCGUGGAUUUGUUCACCCUGGAGGUUUGGGGAAGGGAGGCUGAGGAGCAGUGCGUGGCUCAGGGAGGAGGGCAGCGCUCACAGAUCAGUUUGUUGAUUCCUGAUUCUCACUUGAGCCUUUGAGGAGGGGUUUUUGUUCUGGUGGAGCUGUUCUUUCCUCACCUGGAAUCCUCUGUGUCCCACCUCGGGGCGGUGUCACCUUCCCUGUCCCCUCCCUCCCCGCUGCCGCCCCACGGAGACGCCGGAGGGAGGGACAAUCCCUGCUGGACUCGGGGACAAACUCUUUGCCAAACCUUGUAAAAUCCUGCGGUUUUGGGAGCGCUGAGAGCGGGGGCUGUGCUGUGGGUGACACCGAGAGGUGGCAGUGCCACCCCGGGCUGGAGGUGACAAUUCCCCCUGGAGCAGGGACACGGAAUGUCCCCACCAGGCUGGCCCCAGAUCGGAUCCUGCUGGAGCUGGGAGCUCUUCCCAGCCUGGAUCCGCAUCCCGAGGGACUGGGGAUUGCAGCAGGAAGGUGGGAAAUGGGGAUUCCUGGUGGGAAAUGGGGAAUUUUCCUGGUAGGAAAUGGGGAUUCCUGGUGGGAAAUGGGGAAAUUUCCCUGGUGGGAAAUGGGAAUUUCCCUGGUAGGAAAUGGGAAUUUUCCUGGUGGGAAAUGGGGAAAUUGCCCAGGUGGAAAAUGGGAAUUUCCCAGGUAGGAAAUGCGGAAUUUCCCAGGUGGAAAAUGGGGAAUUUCUGUGCUUUUCCCAAAAACCUCGGGAAUUGUUUCCCCUUUCUUCACCCAAAUCCUGGGGCCGGUUCGGGUUUAACCCUUGAGGGGAGGCCGAGCUGCCACCUCCCCUCUGUCACUUUGUCACCUCCGUCACCCGGGGGCUUUUCCAGCUUUUCCAGGGCUGGGAAUCGCCCGCGUCCCCUGGGGCUGUCCCAGCUGCAGGGACAAUCCUCCAGCCACUGCUGCAGGCACAGACCUUUUAGCAAACGGAAUUUUAGAGGCUGGAACAGCUGGAAACAAAAAAUUCCCGCUCGGAGACCCCCGGUGGUUUCUGUUGUACAGAAGAUUUCCGUUCUUUUUUUGGUUUGGGUUUAUUUUUUGGGGGGUGUGUUUCCUUUUUUUGGGUUUUUUUUUUGGUUUUUCCUUUGUGCAAUAAAGUUUUGUUUUGGCAGAA